UCCUGCUCGAGCCAUCGAGGCUUGCACCUUACUUUUUCCCCGCAGUGUUUUGGAAAUCAUGCUUUCAAAGUGCGAAAACAUCCGAGAUGCUGUGAAGUCUCUUGUUACGGUUUUCUGGAUCACUUAUAGCGUCUGUUCCGUUGGUGUUGACGGCGAGGAGGGCAAUGGCUGUGGACAUUCACUGCUGGCCACAGAGUCUGGCACAUUGGCCUCUCAGAACUACCCGGGCACCUACCCCAGUAACACCUGGUGUAAGUGGAGGCUCCGAGUGCCAGAGGGGCGAACGCUGCGGCUGCUGUUUGGGGAUUUUGACAUUGAGAGCAGCCCAGGCUGCAGGAAUGGCUCUCUUGUGAUCGCAGACAAGAGCGGAGAACCCAGUCUGGGUCCAGUGUGUGGGAAGCUGGAUGCAUCACAGAAGAAUGUGACACUAAAAAGCAAUGAAGUGACCGUAACGUUCAGGUCAGGCCCACACCGCUCUGGACGAGGGUUUCUACUGUCUUAUGCCACAGACCAGUAUCCAGAUCUCAUAUCUUGUUUACAACGAGGAUCUCAUUCUAGCUCGCCGCUUUUGAGUGUGUACUGCCCUGCUGGAUGCAAGAAUGUCACAGGGGAUGUUUGGGGAAACUCUGAACAAGGUUACAGAGAUACCUCAGUUCUGUGCAAGUCUGCAGUCCAUGCCGGAGCUGCAUCUGAUAGUCUGGGAGCUCAUGUUACUGUGAACCGUGGGAGAAGUCUUACACUUUAUGAAUCCACCUUUGCCAAUGGAAUCCUUUCAAAAAUGGGAUCAUUAUCUGAAAAGAAGGUGCUCUUCAGUCAAGACUGCAACGACAUCCUGAGUGUUUCUGGUUUAAAUGCCUCAUCUUUCUGGGAUAAAGACAGCCAAGAGCACAAAAUGUUCUGGUCCUCCAGAAACAUGGAUUCUAGCCACGAGUUCUUGCCCUGGGCUGCAGAUGGUAAUGAUCUGAACCCGUGGGUGGAGCUGGGGCUGAGUGAUAGAAGCACUAUCGCAGGGAUAAUAACAAUGGGAUCAAACGACCACUACAUAGAAUCCUUCAGUCUUUUUUUCAGCAAAGACAGAAAAACGUGGAAGCUUUACAAAGGUGCUCUCAGCAAAGAAAGAAAGGUGUUUCAUGCCUAUACUGAAGGACACCUCAGGGUUCUCAACAGCUUUUUCCCUCCUGUGGUGGCUCGGUUCGUACGGCUACAGCCACUGAGCUGGCACGGCCGAGCUUCAGCUCGGUUGCAAGUCCUGGGCUGUCCUGUCGCCAAGAUCACACCGAGGCCACGCUCAGCCACCGAAUCUCCAGCCAUCAAAGUUAACAUGGGUACACCGCGGCCCAGCCCCACCCCCACCCCCACAGAUGGCGCAGUGCUAGUGGAGACCAGACUGAGCUCCAGUCAACCAGUGAUAGUGGCAGUGGGCGUGGUCCUGGGGCUGAUAAUGUGCGGCAGCUGUUUGCUGGCUGGAGUCUGGUGGAAGAGAAGGAAAAAAGAGUCACAAAUGAAGUACUCCUUACCCACAAUAGGUUGUCAGAGUUUCCAGGCAAAGAGUCUCUCAUGCCCACAAUCGGAGCUCAUCUCUUACCCUCUGGAGCGAAAUGUCCAUGAUGCUCUACCUAGCCCUCCUCUUAAUGACUAUGCAGAUGUUGCAGCCAUUGGACAGAAGGUUGGGUCAACAUUCAGACCCUCCUCAGAUGAGGGCUACACCACCCCCUUUGCCUUCAACCAUUACGACACUCCUGGCAACCUGCCAGAGUACGCCGAGCCUUUGCCCCCAGAGCCUGAGUAUGCCACCCCAUUCAGUGAGCAGCCCUCGGAGUCCAUGCUACCAACUUUGACGGGGAUCGUUCACAGCAAAACACAUGGACCCCCUGUACCAGCACCUACCGCUGGAACCAGGAGGACAUCCAGCCACGCUCAGUAUGACUGCCCCUCACACAGGAUGCUAUCCAAUGGCUACUGCACUCCCGCCCUACAUGCUAAUGGCCCGAGGCCGAUCAGUGUGGUCUACGCAGAGCCCAAGUCAUGCGACUCUUUACUACAGAAGCACACAUAUGAGGAGCCUUUGUGAGCACAGCGAGCUCAGACAUGAAGGGAAAAAAAGACUCGCCUGAACUGAAAUGUGUGUUGGGAGCAGAGGAUUACUUGAGGUGAUCUCAAGCGGACAGAAGACAUUAAGCUGGACAGUGUUGUCCAGACAGUACUAAUGCUGACAGAGCUGAACUUCCAGUGAGUGAUGUACCUAAAGUCGAUUAGUCACUUGGACCACGAUGCAUAUACGAGGGUACACAACUCAGAUCUCAGCCAUAUGCACACAAGUAUUUCCUUCCAGGAAGUAUGUCGUUAAACAGCGAAAGUAUCCUGUGAUGCACAAAGAAGAUGCAGGUUCAGUUGCCCCUCAGUGAUACCGUUUAUUAAAAUGUUUAUUCACAAGCUGCACUUUCAGAAAACACAUACAGCAAUGUAUUUAACAGGUUAAUGCAACAAAACAAAAAAAGUGGAUUAUACGUUACAUGUCCUCACAAAGCAUUGUAUUCACAAUGUAUAUUUCAAACUAUAAAUGGCACACUGUAACAAAGUGGUAAAGACUGUUGCUGUAACGUUGUAUCACCACUAGGUGGCUCUCUUGAGCUUUAAACUAAUGUGUUGCGUAAUUAUUUGUCUGCUGGUUCUCACUCCUCAGAUAAUUGUCAUCCAUUUAUAACAUGUACAGUAACAAAUAAACAUUGUUUUAAAAU